GUCAUUUCGCAGUCACUCAAAUCAGAACUGGAAUGCCACAAAAACAACUCCCUGUUAGCCCAGAGAAAAAAAAGAAAGUAAAGGGGAAAUUCAGAUUAGUCACAAAGAAGUUCCCCCGCCUGCCUGCAGAAGCUGCAGUGUUAAAACUGAGAGAGUGUGCUCUGUUCUUUCAAUUGCCUCUUAUCUCUGGUCCCAGGACCUCUGUGUAUUUUCUGAUUGAUAAGCUUUGUUUUCCCUUCCCCUCCUUCUUUGUGAGGAAGAGGUCAGUCCUCCAUCAGGCUCCCCUUUGUUACAGUUUUCAUCUUCCCUGCAUCCAGAUUGUGAAGAUGGAAGGGGUCCAACCCCUGGAUGAGAAUGUGGGAAAUGCACCAGGGCGAAGAUUCCAGAGCAACAAGCUAUUGCUGGUGGCGGCUGUAAUUCAGGGGCUGGGGCUGCUCCUGUGUUUCACCUACAUCUGCCUGCACUUCUAUGCUUCCCAGGUGCCACCUCAGUAUCCUCCAAUUCAAAGUAUCAAAGUACAAUUUACCAAGUGUGGGAAUGGGACAGGUUGCCUCAUCACAUCCCCAAACAAGGAUGAAACCAUGAAGGUGCAAGACAACUCAAUCAUCAUCAACUGUGAUGGGUUCUAUCUCAUCUCUCUGAAGGGCUACUUCUCUGAGGAGCUCAGCCUCAGCCUUUAUUACCGGAAGGGUCGGAAACCUCUCUUCUCCCUGAGCAAGGUCAAAUCUGUUGACUCCAUUGGAGUGGCCCAUCUAGCUUUUAAGGACAAAGUCUACUUUAACGUGACCACUCACAAUACCUCCUACAAAGACAUCCAGGUGAAUGGUGGGGAAUUGAUUGUCAUUCUUCAAACUCCUGGUGGAUUCUGUGCCUACUGAGGACCUGAGGGCUGCACCUAAGCCUGGCACCAGCAAGAACACUGAACUGGGGUUGGACAGGACUCUGAUUCUUCUGUGGGAGUGGAGAAGUCGUCCUAGCUUAGCCCCCAUAUAUGGCCACACGGGAUGUGACCAGAAGCAGAUCCCCUAACUCAGGGAUAUUUAAAACUUAUUUUACAUACGAAUUAACUUUAUUUAUCUUCACAUCUUCUAAAUCACCUAUCCCUCAUCCCUGAUGGUUGCCUCAAGCUUACUAGUUACCUCUACAAAAAUGAGAAAAUAGGUGCCCCUUCCUUAAGGCACAUUAUUUCUAUUGAUCAGGAAAUUGUCAUAAUAAACUUCCUUUAUUGAAAAAGACACUUGACUACCCUUUGCUGGAAAUUUGACAUCUGGCUUUAUCAAAAUGAAGAGGACAAAGGAAGGGGACAUGAAUCUGUCAAAGGUGGUAUCUCUCCAAGAUGAAAUUCGUUGCUAUUUGCAUAGUACCUAAAUACUUCUCUCAUUUGGUGGAGUUCAAAAGGAAAAUCAUCUUGAGAACAGCUGCCAGGACUUGAAGACAGCCAGCUAAAGAAUACUCUGUGCUCUGGGCUUUUUUUUUUUUUUCUUUGCCACUUUGCUUUUCCAGCCUCCAAUGUAAUUAAUAGAGAUUUCCCUUCAAAGAUGCUAUGAAAAAUGUAAUCAGAAACUUCAGGAAAACUGUAAGAGAUUUUUCCAAACUCGGGAGAGCAAGAUAAUUUAUUGUGAGGGUUAUCUUUAUCGCAUAGGAGAGCAGUGAAACUGGACAUCUCAGGGUAAAAGUCAGUAAGAAUUUAAAUAGUCUGGGAAGGAAAAGACAUAAGCAGGAGGCAAAGCAACCCAUGUGCAUUCUCCUGCUUAUGCUGAAUGUACAAUCAGCUCCAUUUCUUGUACAUGUAUACCACAUUGCUAGUUUAAAAAAUGAAGCAAUUCUUUUCUUAAACACAAAUUUAUGUUGAGACACUGAGAAGCUAUUAUAUGAAAAAUACUGACAUCUGUCUACAAACACCGUCAUAUCAUAUAUGAUCUCACAUUGAUAAUUGAGACUAGAAUGACCAAUAAUCAGCCAAUACCAAUAGGGGAAAAGAUCCACUUAUUUUUAAUUUAAACAUCCCUCUUGAUGCAUCAGGCUUAUGGCACUGUGGACAAACUUCCAGAUGAUUUGUAAGAACUCAAAUUUUUGAUAAAAUUUUUAAAUGGCAGCAAAUGUUCUUCUCCCAUUUUAAAUAGAGUGUAUAACAUAACAUAAAUCUUUCUGGAUGGUUCUGUGUCAUCACAGUGAUUGUACAGUGAUAUCUUCAGGAUCUCCAGAAAGGUGGAAGGCAGUGUGCCCCUACACUAAAUGGCCUCAAUUACAUUUUGACUUUUUCCUAUCUAUUUAACACAGUUUUCCAUGUGUUUUAUCUAUGUCCACCUAUGUUCCUGCACCCUCUAUUUUAAUCUGUUAUGGAGAGAAGCUAAACAAAGAUGCAUCAUAAAAAGAAGCUAAAUAAGAGAAAUUGUGCAUAAGAGUAACCAAGCUCUGAGUGGCUGCCAAGGCAGUCACAUACUCAUGAUCAUGAUCAUGACCAUGAGCAUAAUCAUAGGUAAACAUUAGUGGAGGGUCUGCUGUGGACCAGGCAUUGGGCUAAAUGCUUUACAUGAAUUGUUCUGAGCAAGAUACUCUAUGACAUUUGUCUUAACUACUCAGAGAAUUUAAAUCUCUGUGUGUCGGUGUGUGUAGGGUGUGUGUGUGUGUGUGUGUGUGUGUGUGUGUGUAUUUCUUUGUUAUUGACUAUGGUCUGCAAAGUUGAAGUUACUCAAUGGGUGAUAUCUAAUAAGUAAAUGUUUAUGACUUAGAUAAUAUUUAAGAAUAUAUAUAUUUACUUUUUAAAGUUUGAAAUGUCUAACUAUAUUUCUCCUGGACAUGCACAUUCCAGGCCUAAGCAUAAUUGUUCUGUGGGUUAUCUGUCUUUGGUGUCAUGGUCCUUCCUCACAGAUGCCCACUCCCUUUGGGUACACGUGGCUUGCUCUUCCCAUGCUGGCCUCCUUUGGCCAUGCAGGGAUUUUAUUUUGCCAUGCACCAGCUUCACCCCCUCUCCCACUUCUACCCAUCAAAAUAUGUUUGUUCUCUUUAAGUCAUUCCUUCAGAAAGAUAAUUAACCCUUCUUUGGAGACAACAAAGUUUUGUGGAAAGAGAGCUGAAUGAAAAGUCAGGAGAUUGAAAACCUAAUUUGAUUCAGUCAGUAACUAGCUAUGUGACCUUAAGCAAGUAACUUCCCAUUUUUGGAUCCUGUUUUCCUCUCCUGUUAAAUGAUCAUUUUAGAAUCUUAUAGUGCUAACUGUGAAUGUACAUACUAAAUGUCUACAUACUGGUUGCUGUGAGUCAA